GGCGCGCUGCUGUUGAUGUUGUCAUCUGUGACAUGUUGCUUGAAAACGGUGUCGAUUUGUGUGUUUUUUGAAGUAUAACCAUUGUGUAAAGAAAGACAGAGAAUGGCAGCAGCGGUGGCUACACCUGUCACCCCCACGGAGCACGAGCCGGACCGGUGCGGGAGCGAGGAGGAGAGCCGCGGGGCUGAGGCGGAGGAGGAGAGCACGCAGCAGCAGACAGGCCCGGCGGCCGCUGUGACCCACAGCCGGCUGUCCAAACUCCCGCUGGCCCGCAUCAAGGCGCUCAUGAAGACCGACCCAGACGUGUCCCUCGCCAGCCAGGAGUCUGUGUUUAUCAUCGCUAAAGCCACGGAGUUGUUUGUUGAGAUGAUUGCCAAAGAUUCCCUGGUGUACGCCCAGCAAGGGAAGAGGAAAACUUUACAAAGAAAAGACUUGGACAACGCAAUAGAAGCCAUAGAUGAAUUUGCAUUUCUUGAAGGCACAUUAGAUUAAAUGCUGCAUCCGAAGACAAGGACAUUAGAAAUCUGCCACCAUCCAUGAAACUUUCUGUUACAGAGACAAGACUUGUUGGUACUUUUCUACAUCAAACUCUCAAAUUGGAUAUUUAUAAAUGCUUUUCUACAGCGUGCCAUUAAGAUUUUUCAUACUUCAUUUUGAAGACAUCAGUGGUAAUAUGUACAUUAUUUUGUAAAUAUUUGUUAAAUACUGCUGUACAAUGAAAUAAAUGUAUGUUUUAAACAAA